AUGGCGUCAGCCGACUAUGCUUUCAACCCUGAACGCCAUGGCGACUACGGAGGACCCGAGCGGCGCAAUACGUACGACAGCAGGACGGGCACCUUGCUCGACUCACAAGGCUACUUCUCCGACUUCGCUGGCCAACAGGCUUACGAUCAGAUGCCCUCGGAGCAGUAUGGCGGACCCCAGCGCUACUCUGCCAGCGAUGCCUUUUCCCCGACAGCCGCAAUGGCUCCUCCAAUGCUCUCGACGAACGACCUUCCCACCGACGAGAUUCUCGAGUUUCUAAUGCCCCUAGAGCCUCGCGAGGUCCCCUUUGCCAUAUCCGACCCGCACAAUUCGCACGUCCAGAUGUCUCAGUUCGACAACAUAGCUGCCGUGCUGCGCCAUCGGGGUCGCACAUCAGCCAAGCUCCCUGCGUACUGGGUGCUCGACAGCCGCGGGAAAGAGACUGCAUCUAUAACCUGGGAUAAGCUUGCUUCUAGGGCGGAGAAGGUGGCUCAGGUCAUAAGAGACAAGAGUUCUUUGUACCGUGGGGACCGGGUCGCCCUGAUAUAUCGCGACACUGAGGUCAUCGACUUCGCCAUCGCCUUGCUUGGGUGUUUUAUCGCCGGCGUCGUGGCUGUGCCCAUCAACGAGCUUCAAGACUACCAGAAACUGAACCUGAUCCUGACCUCCACACAAGCACACCUUGCCUUGACGACCGACAACAACUUGAAGGCAUUCCAGCGAGACAUCACCGUACAGAAGCUCACGUGGCCCAAGGGCGUCGAGUGGUGGAAGACAAACGAGUUCGGCAGCUAUCAUCCCAAGAAGAAGGACGAUACCCCGGCACUGUCCGUGCCAGACCUGGCCUAUGUCGAGUUUUCCAGAGCCCCAACCGGCGACCUGAGAGGCGUGGUUCUGAGCCACCGGACCAUCAUGCACCAGAUGGCUUGCCUGAGCGCCAUUGUAUCCCAAGUACCUGGCAACUCUCCCGGAGAUACCUUCAGUCAAUCUCUGCGCGACAAGAACGGACGGCUGAUUGGCGGUAGCGCAGGCAGCGAGAUCCUGCUCUCGUAUUUGGAUCCCCGUCAGGGCAUAGGCAUGAUUCUCGGGGUCCUUCUCACUGUAUACGGCGGACAUACUACCGUCUGGGUCGAGAAUAAGGCCGUCGAGGUGCCGGGUCUCUACGCGCAUCUCAUCACCAAAUACAAGGCUACACUUAUGGUGGCCGACUAUCCUGGGCUCAAGCGGGCCGCCUACAACUACCAGCAGGAUCCAAUGACGACUCGGAACUUUAAGAAGGGAACCGAACCGAAUUUCCAGUCGGUCAAGCUAUGUCUGAUAGAUACCGUCACCGUUGACAGCGAGUUUCAUGAGGUCUUGGCAGAUCGAUGGCUGCGGCCGCUGCGAAAUCCGAGAGCGCGAGAAGUUGUGGCUCCCAUGCUGUGCCUUCCUGAACAUGGAGGCAUGGUCAUCAGCGUACGUGACUGGUUGGGGGGUGAGGAGCGCAUGGGAUGCCCCCUCAAGCUGGACGUAGACGACGAUGAAGAUUCUGAGGAGGAGAAGGUCCAGGAGGAGAAGGAAAAGCCGUCCAAUGGCUUUGGAAGUCUCCUCAGUGGCGGCCCGACCAAUGUCACAGAAGAGCGCGCCAAGAACGAGCUGAGCGAGGUACUGCUCGACAGGGAAGCAUUGAAGUCCAACGAGGUUCUGGUCGUUGCCAUAGGUGACGAGGCCCGAAAGAAGGCCAACGACCCGAGUACGGUCCGCGUUGGAGCCUUCGGAUACCCGAUACCUGACGCCACACUGGCCGUUGUCGAUCCAGAGACAGGUCUGCUUUCCUCGCCGCAUUCGAUCGGUGAGAUCUGGGUGGAUUCUCCCUCUCUAUCGGGUGGAUUUUGGGCUUUGCCUAAGCAUACAGAGCAGAUCUUCCAUGCCAGGCCUUUCAAGUUUGAACCAGGCAACCCCACACCGACUGCUGUCGAGCCUGAGUUCCUUCGAACCGGUCUUCUCGGCACUGUCAUCGAGGGCAAAAUCUUUGUUCUGGGGCUAUACGAGGACCGCAUCAGACAAAAGGUGGAGUGGGUCGAGCAUGGACACGAAAUUGCAGAGUACCGGUACUUCUUUGUUCAGCACAUCGUUGUCAGCAUCAUGCGUAACAUCCCCAAGAUUUUCGACUGCUCAGCAUUCGACAUAUUUGUCAACGAAGAGCAUCUGCCCGUCGUGGUGCUCGAGUCGACAGCAGCGUCGACGGCACCUGCAACUUCCGGCGGCCCACCACGACAGCUGGAUACGGCUCUUCUCGACUCCCUAUCGGAGAGGUGCAUGGAGAUUUUAAUGCAAGAACACCAUUUGCGUGUUUACUGCGUAUUGAUCACCGCACCAAACUCGCUGCCCAGAGUCCAGAAGAACGGCCGUAGGGAGAUCGGGAACAUGCUCUGCCGCAAGGAAUUUGACCUUGGUAACCUGCCUGCGGUUCACGUCAAGUUUGGUGUGGAACAUGCCGUACAGAAUCUGCCUGUUGGUGUCGACCCAAUGGGUGGUAUCUGGUCCCUCCUUGCUUCAGAGUCACGGGCCGACGUGCUAGGCCCUGUCGAGAGACAGUAUUCUGGCAUUGACCGUCGAGAAGUUGUCAUCGACGACCGUACUUCGACUCCUCUCAACAAUUUCAAGAGCAUUACCGACCUCAUCCAGUGGAGAGUAGCCAGGCAACCUGAAGAGUUGUCAUACUGCACGAUCGACGGCAAGGGCAAAGAGGGCAAGGGCAUUACCUGGAAGAAAUUCGAUACCAGGGUGGCAGCAGUUGCCAUGUAUCUCAAGAAUAAGGUUAAGAUCCGGCCUCGAGAUCAUAUCAUUCUCAUGUACACCCACUCGGAGGAAUUUGUCUUCGCGGUACAUGCAUGCAUCAACCUUGGCGCUAUCGUCAUUCCCUGCGCUCCGAUGGAUCAAAAUCGUCUGCCCGAAGAUGUGCCGGCUUUCCUCCAUCUUGUCGGCGACUACAAUGUCAGGGCUGUACUAGUCAACCAGGACGUUGACCAUCUUCUGAAGAUGAAGCCGGUAGCUCAGCAUGUCAAGCAGUCUGCGUCCAUCCUGAAGAUAGGUGUGCCGCCUGUUUACAACACCACCAAGCCACCGAAGCAGAACAAUGGACUAAGAGAUCUGGGUAUUACGGUGGACCCUUCAUGGGUCCAGCCCGGCUACCCGGUCGUCAUUUGGACGUACUGGACUCCCGAUCAGCGAAGACUCGCUGUACAGCUGAGCCACGAGACGAUCUUGGGCAUGUGCAAGGUCCAGAAGGAGACGUGUCAGAUGACUAGCUCCAGGCCUGUCUUGGGCUGUGUUCGGAGUACCACAGGCCUAGGCUUCAUCCACACCUGCCUGAUGGGCAUCUAUAUUGGCACGCCCACCUACAUAUUAUCGCCGGUGGAGUUCGCACAGAAUCCCAUGUCGCUAUUCAUGAUCCUCUCCCGGUAUAAGAUCAAAGACACGUACGCGACGCCUCAGAUGCUCGACCACGCGAUGGCUCUGAUGCCCGGAAAGGGGUUCACCCUGCAUGAGCUGAAGAACAUGAUGAUCACCGCGGAGGGCCGCCCACGUAUCGACAUCUUCCAGAAGGUUCGACUGCAUUUCGCAGCAACUGGACUCGACCGCACAGCGAUCAACACGGUCUACUCUCAUGUGCUGAACCCGAUGAUUGCAUCGCGUUCAUACAUGUGCAUAGAGCCAAUCGAGUUGUGGCUGGACACCAAGGCCCUCCGAAGAGGUCUUGUCAUACCCACCGACGUCGAUACCGAUCCCAAGGCAUUGCUCGUACAAGAUUCCGGCAUGGUUCCUGUAUCAACACAGAUAGCAAUCGUCAACCCCGAGAGCCGACUUCUCUGCGGAGACGGCGAGUACGGUGAGGUAUGGGUCGACUCGGAGGCCUGUGUCAAGGGCUUCUAUGGCUCGAAAGACAUAUUUGAUGCCGAACGGUUCGAUGGCCGGACGAUCGACGGCGAUCCGAACAUUAGCUAUGUCCGUACUGGAGACCUCGGGUUUCUUCACAACGUCAGCAGACCCAUCGGCCCAGGCGGUGCUCAGGUGGAUAUGCAGGUGCUAUUUGUGCUGGGCAGCAUCGGCGAGACAUUCGAGAUCAAUGGGCUUAGCCAUUUCCCCAUGGAUAUCGAGGCUUCUGUAGAACGAAGUCAUCGGAAUAUCAUGACUGGCGGCUGCGCUGUGUUUCAAGCCGGUGGCCUCGUCGUGGUCAUCGUCGAAGUAGGCCGCAAGGCUUAUCUCGCAUCCAUUGUCCCUGUAAUUGUCAAUGCCAUCCUCAACGAGCAUCAGGUGGUCGUCGAUAUUGUUGCUUUUGUCCACAGGGGCGAUUUUCCCCGCUCUCGCCUGGGUGAGAAGCAGAGAGGCAAAAUCCUGGCUGGUUGGGUUUCCCGCAAGAUGAGGACGAUAGCACAGUUCGCCAUCCGCGACACCUCCACCAACUUGGGGGCUGGCGAAGCUGAAGGUGCCCCAGACGGGCAUAGGGCAAGCUACGGCAGCUUCAGAAGCAGUAGUGGCGCACAGAUCGGCCUGGCGGCGGUGGGCAGUACGUUGCGCAACGUCGAACCGGCCCCUCAGAUACUUGAGCAGAGAGAGCUGGAGCAACAGCUCGAGCACAUGGGUGCCCUUCCACCUGAGGAAAUGAGAACUGGACUUGCUCAUGGCAGUGAUUCUCACACGAACGGCCGUGACGAGAUGACACCGACAGGGCCACGCGCCUCUCAGGAUUCUCAUGCUUUCGACCUUCCCGAUUUCAACCAAUUCGACUCAACCGAUGUACCGCCAGGUGUUGGUCCCAAGCCGACCCAGCAGACCCCCGAGAUCAGGCUGGCCGAAUUCCAGGAAAGCGGGCAGAUGGUUGAUUGGCGGGGCCACCCUGUUUCACAGGACGGCGCAGGCGGCCACGCCCGCAAUUCAUCGAUACAGAAUGACGAAGACUGGGCCGCUGAUGCCAUCGCCGGAAUGAAUCUCGUCGAUCGAAAUGAUAUAGGCAGGGGCUACUAG